AUGCAGCUGUAUCGUCUCGGUCUGCUUGUCGCGUCCUUUGUGACCUCUAUUGGAGCAGCUUCAACCUUCUCGCCUGCUCGACCCCCAGCUAUACCCCUCGCUGUCAGGUCCCCGUACCUUAGCACGUGGCUUACUGCAGGAAGUGAUGGUGGUAAUGGCGGAUACUUGGCAGGUCAAUGGCCUGUCUUCUGGCAGAACCAGGUGACGGGCUGGGCAGGUAUGAUUCGUGUCGAUGGCACUAGUUAUACUUGGAUGGGCCAGCCAGGCCCCAAAAACGUCGUCGAUCAAGUCGCGUAUGAGUAUACUUCGACGAAGAGCAUAUUCACCAUGCACGUAGAUAAUAAAGUCCAGAUGAAGAUUACUUUCCUGUCGCCCGUUACACCCAACGACUUGAAGCGCCAGUCGCUUGUUUUCUCUUAUCUCAAUGUCGAGGUUUCUUCCCUUGAUGGUCAACAGCACAACGUGCAGGUUUAUGCGGACAUCUCUGCAGAAUGGGUCUCGGGCGACCGAAAUGCCAUUGCUCAAUGGGAAUAUGGUACCACCGAUGGCGUGGCUUACCACAAGGUACACCGGCAGACUCAGCUGGCCUAUUCCCAAAACAACGAGCAGGCCGAAUGGGGCAACUGGUAUUGGGCCACCGAUGUCUCAGACCACAUGACUUCCCAGUCUGGCUCCGGUGUCGAUGUCCGUGGAAAGUUUAUGAGCGAUGGAAAACUCACCAAUGGCCGCGACACCAAGUUCAGAGCUAUUGCUGAUAACUGGCCCGUCUUUGCUUUCUCUUCCGAUCUGGGCUCAGUCAACUCCUCACCCGUCAGCACACUCUUCUCGCUUGGUCUGACACAGGAUCAGGCCAUCCAGUACGAAGGCGCUUCGGCGUAUGCGCCAGUACCAUCCUUGUGGAAGAGCUACUUCAAGACCGAGUUGGCGGCGCUUUCGUUCUUCCACCAUGAUUACUCUGACUCCAACAAUCUCGCAAGCGCUUUCGAUAGCCAGGUGGCCAAGGAUUCAAUUGCUACUGCCGGCCAGGACUACCUGACUAUCACUUCGCUCUCGGUUCGACAGGCAUUUGGUGCCACCCAGCUCUGUGGUACACCAGACAAGAUGUACCUGUUCCUGAAGGAGAUCUCCUCCGACGGCAACAUGAAUACCGUGGACGUUGUAUUCCCAGCAUACCCGAUCUUCCUCUACACCAACCCCGAAUUGCUCAAGCUUGUCCUCAAUCCUCUCUUCGAGAACCAGGAGGCUGGCAAGUAUCCCAACGACUAUUCCAUGCACGAUCUCGGCUCUUCCUACCCCAACGCAACAGGCCACUCUGACGGCCAAGACGAGAAAAUGCCCCUAGAAGAGUGUGGAAACAUGCUUAUCAUGACCUUGGCUUAUGCGCAGAAAUCCGGUAACACGCAGUACCUGCGUGACCACUAUAACCUGCUCAAGCAGUGGACCAGCUAUUUGGUCGACGAUUCACUAUACCCUGCGAACCAGAUUUCCACCGAUGACUUCGCCGGCUCCCUUGCCAACCAAACCAACCUCGCCCUCAAGGGCAUGAUCGGCAUUCAAGCUAUGUCCGUGAUUGCCAACCAGACUGGUCACGCCGAUGAUGCUGAGAACUACGCGAAUAUCGCCCAUAGCUACAUCUCCCAGUGGCAGGGUCUGGCCAUUGCCAAGUAUGCGAACCCACCGCGAACGACCUUGUCGUAUGGCGAUACCGCUAGCCAUGGUCUGCUCUACAACCUCUUUGCCGACGCUCAGCUCGGCCUAGGCUUGGUCCCCCAGUCUGUUUAUCAGAUGCAGAGCGACUUCUACCCAACUGUUGCGAACAAGUAUGGUGUGCCUCUCGACACGCGACACACUUACACCAAGGGUGACUGGGAGUGCUUCGCUGCAGCAGUCGCUUCGGGUGAUACCCGAAAGAUGUUCCUCAAGGAUCUCGCGACAUGGAUUAACGAGACGCCGACCAACCGCGCCUUGACUGAUCUGUACGAUACUAUUACCGGAAACUACCCUCAAAACACCUUCGUUGCUCGCCCUGUCAUGGGUGGUUCAUUCGCUCCGCUUCUCGUCCGCUAG